GUUCUUGGAUUGUAUGCCCUUGUUUUUAUGGUGGCUUUGCCAGUUGCAGUGGGUAUCUGGUGGUAUCGUUCAGUGAAGUUUGGCGGUGAUCAAGUUCUCUUAGAUACAACUCAAUUAUAUUACUAUUUUAUUUAUAAAACUCCACAUAUGAUAUAUAAAAGAGUGAUUAUGAUUCUGGCAGCCUCUUUAGAGUUUGAGAAAAGCCACAACGGAGAAGUUGUGGAGCGUCCCAGUGACAACGUCGAGGUGCCACAACUCAUUAAAGACCUUCCCAACUUGGGAGAAAAGAAUAAAGAGAAACCACUUUGCUUCGGGUACAGCAUCAAGGCUAGAGCAUUGAUUCAUGCGCAUCUGUCCAGAAUGAAGCUUCCACCUAAUACACUGGAUGAAGAUCGUUUGUAUAUUGUGAAAAAGUGCCCCUACCUAUUACAGGAAUUCGUCCAGUGUGCCUCACAGUUAACAAUGUUAGCCUUGACUGGCAGAAUUUCCCGCAUGCCCAAUCUGGACACGAUGGAAAAUGCCAUGAAAUUGUGUCCUUGCAUUGUGCAGGCUCUGUGGGACAAUAAGAGCCCUCUUUUGCAGCUGCCCCACAUCACAGAAGAUAUGUUGAGGCAUUUCACCACCAGGAAGCGCAAUAUCCGCAGCAUUCGAAACUUGGCGGCCAUGAAGGCUGAUGACCGUCGGGCAAUGCUCCGUAGCCUAAAUGAUGACCAGUAUGACGAUGUCAUGAAUGUCAUUGCAAAAAUGCCUGCAGUAGAAGUAGAAGUAAAAUCUGAAGUGCUGGAUGACGAAGAUUCCUGUACAAUUACUGCAUGUGCGAUCGUCACGGUGACUGCCACUCUCUAUCGGCGGAACAUGUCAUCCCUGUUCGAUCAAGAGCCCAGUCACGAAGUUGAGGCAUCUGAAGAAACUAUUGAAGAUGAGCUUACCACGGCGUUGACGAGCGAGGCUUCUCCGAAAACUAAAAAGCCAAAAGUAUGGGAGAAGCAGAAGAAAAAGAAAGGUAAAGGUGGCAAAGUGAAAAAGAAAGCUACAGCUUCUACUAUGUCCAAGGCAACUAUACCCACCAAAAAGACUGCGAACGGUGUCCCUCCAAACAAUGGAAUUUUACCUCAAUCUAAGCCUGGCAAGGAAGUGGCCAGGGAUUCUGACGAGAGCGCAGUGGGCGAGAGCGAUUCAGAGUCAGAUAAUGGAUCUAGUCGCUCAGGAUCGGAAGAAAGGAGGGAGGAGAGGAGUCGAGAAGAGGAGAGGAAUGACAGAGUGGAGGAGGAUGGAGAGGAUGCGGAGUGGGAGCGCUUCCAAGAUCGGGUGACCAAGAAGGAGAAAGUCCUGGAGACCAAAUCGAAGAGAUCACACACUGUGCAUUGCCCUUAUUUUCCAGAGGAUAAGCAGGAGUAUUGGUGGUGCUAUUUGGCUGACAAGAAGAGGCAUGCCCUCAUCACCAUUCCAUAUUUGGUUACGAAUCUAGUUGAUACUGAGGAGGUAGAACUCAAGUUCACUGCUCCUCCUCGACCAGGGAUGUAUACUUAUUCUGUCAUCGUCAGGAGUGACUCUUACAUUGAUUUUGAUGUCAUCAAAACGAUAAAACUGGAUGUGAAGGAAGCGAAGGAAAUCGAUCUGACAAAAGUACAGUGGGAUGUCUCCGAAGAAGAGGAGGAGAAGGAUGAAGAAGAGAGCGCUGUAGAAGACUCCGAUCUUGCCUCAGACGAUGACUUAGAUGAUGAGUGAUGAGCGCUGGAAGCUUAACCUUCUUUUAUAAAACAAAUUCAUAAUAAUGAGCUCGGGACUUGCUGGGCAGCCCGAGAAUUAAAGGAGCGAAAAUACUAAAUUUGGAUUUGUUUUCCUGAAAGAGAACAUCAUAUAACUCACAUUUGGAGGCUUUUAUGUUUGGACUGUAUAAAAUAUUUUUAUUGGAAGAAAAUUUCUUAAUGUACUGACUAAUUUAUUGAAGCCUGAGCAUAUUUUCUAUUGUAUAUAAUGACACUAAAAAUUUAAAAGAUUUUCAAGUUUUGUAAAUUAUAAUUGUGUUAUGGAAAAGAUUAUACUAUAAGGUUCUUUUAUGGCUUUGCCUUCAAACAGAGUAUCCAAUUAAAGAUUUUGCUGUGAAUAUCUCUCAUCUUUGUUAAAAGCAAUAUUUAUAUCAAUUUUAGGGAUCUUGAAUGUGCUAAUAAAUGUUCGUUUCAGGGGGGGGGGGGAUGUUAUUAAGAUUAAAAGAGCAAUCGGAUUGAAAAUGUGCAUUUUGUAAAUCACCAAAAAAAAAAAAACCUCAAGUACUGGGAUCUUUGUAUUAUACAAUGCUGGAAAUAUGGAAUAUAAUAAAGUUAUUUUCUAUGAU